AUGCAAAUCCAAGGCUUAUUCGCAAUUAUCGCCGCCUCUGCGGCCCUUUUCCCGACCAUUUACGCCGCAAGCGAUCCUUAUUUCUCACCACCCUCCGAGUCUCAAAAAUGUUUCUACACUAUUUAUCGAGUUGAAAGCAUCAAUGGGGAAAAGGUUCUGGUCCGCGAGGGGGUUGACCACUCAUAUACAGGCUGGGAUGCAGAAAUCAAGAAGAUCAAUGUUCAUUUUGAUAAAGAAUGCAACCCGCAAUAUCAGUCAAGUGACUCAAGUCGAUGGGUUUUUUUCAAAGGUGUUCGGAAAGAACGUCACAUUUAUCCUGACCGCUUAACUGGCAAAAAGAGAUAA